AAGAAACUUUUUUUAUUUCAGUUACCUACCUACCCAAUAUUAACAAGUUGGUUGAUAAUAUAGCAGCUCUCUCUACAAACUUGACUUCAGGAAUCCCAGACUUUUACAAAUAUACAUAUGGCACUGCAACCUACCGUUUACAAAAUGGUGGCCGAAGUAUUUUUACCAAUUAUGGAAUGGAGGUUUAUUUCAGUUUUUACUGUGGCUACUACAUACAGUAUGGAAACGAACACAAAUGUUCAAGCAUUGGAAGUAUAUCCGACAGCAGAAAAUCUCAUCCGUUUAUAGUCGUAACAGCUAUUGAAAAUCCAAAUUUGUAUUCUAAUGGGCAGUAUUAUAUACAAAGCUACAGACCAUACUCUGACCCAGUCGAAUCAUACAAUGGUAAACUAACAGAAGGCAACUUUGAGCUUCAAUACAGAGCUAGAUGCGUUUAUGGAAGAAAUGUUUCAAGUGUUUGUGAUGUUGUCUUUGCAGUUAAUAAUACAAAGGAUUGGGCUUCAUCUACCACAUUUACUUUGUCAGAAUCUACCAACCUUUAUUCAAAUUAUUACUAUUACCAUGUAUUUAUAAAUAACUACCCAAGAAGAAUAAUGUUUGGGUACACCAUGCUUUCCAGAACUGGUGGACGACUUGUGACCAAAGUACAGAUGGAAUUAACUCUGAGGAAAAUGUUGCAACCGUUUAAAAACUACACCUGGUCAGUCCCAUGUUCAUCCAGCCAUCUAGUAGUACCGGUGACCUACACGAUUGGUGAAUCUACUUUGAAUAACUUUGUUCCUCCUUCCAUGCACUUUGCAACAGCCACGGGAUUCUUACAGAUUCGUGCUCAAUCAUACGAUGGAACUUACUAUGCUAUGUGCCCUGCUGUUAAGUUAAACAAUUGCGAUGGACAAUACGUUUGCAUUGGUGGGGUGAAAAAUGGAUAUUCACGGACAAAUGACUGCAAUGAUUUAACUGAUUGGAACGGAUUAGUAACCAGCCCAGAUUACCAUACCAGUAAUAACCUUGCCCAUUCAACUAAAGACAUUGAAUCCACCAUCAUGAUUUUCUAUCGUUGACAGUUUUCUUGCUAAAAUAUAUAUUUUAAGGUGGGGUAAGAUGUGACGCUCAAGCACAUACUGCCCAAUAUUUAAAAAAUUUAAAUCCCUCAAAACUACAAUGUGGGCUUAAGUGGGACACCAAGUAGAAAAGUUUGUAUUAAUAUUACUCCGCAUUGUGUAUUGUAACGAAUUUAACUAGCUAUGCUAGUUUUUACCACAGAAACUUCGAAGAUACAAUUUUAAAAUAUUUUUGUGCUUAUUGUAUCCCGAAUUAGGCUAAUUUAAGCCACAUUGACCCCUGUAUAUUUUUUUAUCAUAGACAUAUCUCACAUUUCAAAUCAAACUGUACGAAAUAUUUCAGUAUAUUUUAUUAAACUAGAUACUGGAUUGAUUAUUCAAACUCGCAAACUAGAAAUUUUUUGCAGUUUUAAUAUAAUUCUGCGAAUAUUCAAAAUAUGCAUUUUUUUGUUAUGUUUUUUUUAAUCGUCUUUGUUGCCACAUUGUUAGACCGUGGGAAUACUGUCGAGUAUUACUGU